UGCAAAUUUCAAACGCUGCUGCUGCUGCUGCUCUGUUUGUUUGUCGCUGGCCUGCUGGUCGUAAUCUGAUGGUUCUCUUCUCUACAACCUUCCGUCCGACGAACGAUAGCGCUCGACAGCCGACGUAGUUUCCUGCCAAUCCUCAAGUUUGUCACUGUCCGCGUGACCUUUUUGCGAGCAGCUAACAACAGCUAAGGGGUGGAGGCUAGAUUGACCUAGGCUACUUGGGCCCUUGGCCCUCUGUUGAUAGACUUAUAUUACUGACUAGCAUCUAGUUUCGGUAACACAAGUUACUGCCUUCUUAGGUCACCGCCUGCGAUAGAGCCACCGUUUCGCGCUGGUCGUUUUUUUCCAUCGUCGACGGUAGCGAAUCCACUGUUGUUUCCCCCGAAGGAUACUUGGACUUUCAAAUCCGCCCUGAUGCCGCUGCUAUACACCAUCGUGUCGCGGGGGACGACAGUACUGGCAGAAUUCAGCGUGGCGGCGGGCAAUGCGAACGCGGUGGCGCGGAGAAUACUGGAGAAGCUGCCGGUGGACGGGGACGCGCGCGUGUCGUACACGCACGACCGCCACGUGUUCCACAUCCUGCGCGCCGAUGGGCUCGUCUUCCUCUGCAUGGCGGACGCGCCCUUUGGACGGCGGGUGCCCUUCGCCUACCUGGAGGACGUGCACAUGCGGUUCAUGAAGACGUAUGGCCGCGUGGCGGGCACGGCGCUGGCGUACGCGAUGAACGACGAGUUCUCGCGCGUGCUGGCGGCGCAGAUGGAGUUCUUCUCCUCCAACCCCAACUCGGACACGAUCAGCCGCGUCAAGAACGAGAUCAGCGAGGUGAAGUCGGUGAUGGUGGAGAACAUCGACAUGGUGCUGGACCGCGGCAACCGCAUAGAGCUGCUGGUGGACAAGACCGCCACGCUGCAGGACAACACCUUCCGCUUUAAGAAGCAGGCCCGAGCACUCAAGCGCGCUCUGUGGUGGAAAAACACCAAGCUCAUGAUUGCCAUGAGUGGAGUCAUCCUGAUUGCUCUCUACCUCUUCGUGGCUCUCUUUUGUGGGGGCUUAUUUCUCCCAUCUUGCCAUUCCUGACGGCAUCUCUUCCAACUGCACAGUGCCUCGAAGCUCCUUUUCCACGAUUUCCACAACAUCUUGAUGUAUAGUGGGAAUUAAAGUGUCGAUUGCUCCUUACAUGUAUUUUACGUGUCUAAUGCAUGCUGAUCAGUUUGUUGUCCAGUGAUAACAGCUGUAACGACGCCCAGCUAAUGUUUUAGAGCUAAGAUAAACUCCCUCGUCUGUUUAUACUAAUGUUAUCAUUAGAAUGAUUUU